AACUGAAGUGAAUGGCAGCAUGAACGUACCUGGCUUGAAUGCUGAGAAGGAUGAGGUGAUGCUGCACAUUGCAAUUUUGUAUGAGGAUCAGCUGAACAGUUUUCAAUUUCUAGGUAGUUUCUGAAAGAUUUUUGAAGAUGUCCUUUGUAGCUAGCCUGCUGUCAUCACAGCCCUCAGCCCCCCUCCAGUUCACAAAGUCACAGAGAAAGUAAUCGGGAGAGAUGGGGAGUUCAUGCAGAUUGAUCUGGUGUCCUCUGCCACCCCUGCCAUCCAUGCUGGACGUUACCUGCUGCUGCAUUUGCUGUUAUUAAAGGGAGCUGCUGACUUGUGGUGCUGGCACUGAGAAGAUGACAGAAAUAAGAGCCCUUGCUCAGCAGCAACCUCAUACCAAGGGUGUGGCUGCCAAAUCUGCACAAGGCAUGGCACAGAGAAUGCUUUGCUGUGACACUUGAGAAGAAUAGUUCAUAGGAUAUCAAUAAAUCAGCAGACGUGGUGAAUCAGUUCUCAGCCCUUAUUUCUAUAUAAUCUUUGGAUUUCACAGUGACUGUCCGAAAUAUUUUGCUUACCUGUGCAAAGCAUUUCUAAUAUAUAUUAAUUUUAUAGUGCUAAUUGCACAUCAACCCUAGUAUGUUCAUAAAUGUCAACUUUAACAGGAAGGUUUUUUUCCUUUUUAAGCCAAUCAGAUUUGCACAGAUUUAUUGCCCUGUAAAUUCUGUCAGAGCUAUCAGAUAGUUCACAGACUUACAGUAUGAGAGCUGAACUUGCUGCUAUGCUGUACAGAUAACAGCACAGAAAGUGGAAAGCUCCUAGGCACUAGCUGAGCUACUUUGUAAAUAUCAUAGUAUAAAACUGUUACUAAUAAAAGUCAAUCUUUUGCUAGAAUGCCAAUAAAGAGUGGGGAAGGAGUACAAACCAACUACAGUAACAACAACAAACUCUUACAUGGAGCCUUGCAAAUUAGUUGGGAGUAACUUUGUAAGUGAAAUGCCUUCACUUAGAUGCUUUCACCAAGGGAAAGCUUGCAAAAACUCACUGCUCAAUUGCAAUUGAAUGCCAGUCACAGCUAGAACAUGUUGGAAAGGUCUCUCCAUAUGUAGGUGUCUCAAAUAAAACAUGGGUCUCCCUGAGGUGUGCCAUAUCGAGCAUUAAAGAACAAAAGCAGCCACUCCUGGGCAGGAAAAAAAAAAUCCACGUUAUCUGUAAUGAUACACGGGUGUGCUCACUGCUCUAUUGCUAAUGACACACGGGUGUGCUCACUGCUCACCCCAACUGCUCCAGCGUUCAGAAUUGCCGUGCUGCCCACUGUAAACUAAUUGUUACAGUAGUGCCCUCUGCUGUCUGACAGCAUAAAUGUACGUCCGAAGAAUAGUUUUCCUAGUCUCACGUAUUUCAAACUUAGUUCCCAUAAAUCAUUUCAGUUUAAAAAGACAGAGAAAGAUACAGUAAUGUUCUGUUGCUUUGUUAAUGUACAAGUCUUUAAAAAACUAAACAAAAUAUCCCUCUGCAAUGGUAUCAGCAUAAAUGCCUGUCAUGUUUCUACAUCAACUUCUGAUUUAUACAAGAGAAGGAAAAUACAGAUGAUUUUAGGUGUAUUCUGAGAACUUCUGAGUACUCCAGCAUUCAGUACUUCCUGAGAUAUUUCUGUAGGCCCAAGCACAAGAGCUACGUUGAAGGCGGAACCUCCUCCCCUUUUGGGAGCACUUUUGUAGUGCUGCUGUUGAUCUUGCCAUUUUGCUGUCUAGGCUGGGGUUUGUUCUGUAGAUAUGAUCUAACCAUAUUUAGAAAAACAGGCACCAUCAGUCCCAUUGGUUUGUAACUGUAAGCAAGAGACAGUAACCAACUUGAUUCUGUUGUCCUCCAAUCAAGAUUUAAAACUGUACGUUAAGGGAUUAUUGAACACAUAAAACUGAAGGAGUCCGUAUAAAGAGGGAUCUUUCGUUAUUUUACAGAGUAAUAUUUCUAAGAACAGAAUUGCAGGUUAUGUGGCUAGGUUAGUGACAGAAAUAAGGAAUCUCCAGCUUAAUGUCAGCAUUUUUGUCCAUUGCUUGUGUACGGUCUGAGUAGGGGCAAUUAGAGGGAUUAAAAUUGGAGAUCUCUGAAUGCCUGAACCAAAUUUUGUUCUUGAUAAAAGCUGCUUUAAGCAGAUUGAUUCUAUAGUAGUAAAUGUGUUUUCCAAUUUUAGCUAUCCUAGCAACUGAAGUGCUCUGAGUUGGUAACCCAAAUAUUUAAAAACACAAGUGGUUAAAGAUUAAUCCACUGUCAUGACGAUGAUGUGCCAAUAGAAGCUGUGUUUGAAGACUCAUGUUUUGAUUGAAAAACAAGGUGACAGUAGCACUCAAGUAGUACAGCCUCUUACAGAAUAGGAGAUGUUCGAAGCAAAUGGUUACCAGUUGAAUCUAGGAUUUUCCACCAUGAAUGGAUACUCAAACUGUUCUGCUAACCAUACGGAAAUUUGGAGUCGUAAUUUAGUGCUUGCACUGGGCAUCCCUCAGCUGACCAUUAACAUAGCAUCUGUGAUCUUCAACUGCACAGCCAUCAUCACCAGAAAAGCAACAAAAGAUCUGCACAAGCCUAUCUCUGUACUCUUCUGCAAUUUGGCUUUUUCUGAUCUCUUCACAAGUUUUUCUGGUUUUUGGAUUUCAGUGCUGUUCAUCACCAAACCUGAUGACACAAUCUUUGGAUCCAAGGAUAUGCUUGCACCUUAUGCCUUAUAUACUACAUCUAUUUUAUCCACCAUCUAUAACUUGGUAAGCAUUGGAAUUGAACGCUACCUGGCUGUGGCUGAAAGCAUUAGGACAAGGUUCAGGGUUGCUAGAAACCAUUCCAUAGCUGUAGUUUUAAUUAACUGGGUCCUUGCUUUCUUUCUGGGCUGCCUGCCAUUGAUGGGGUGGAACUGCUUGCACACAGGAAAAAAUCUCUCAGUCCUCUACAGUCCAUUUUGUGUUGACUACCUCAUCUUCAUCACCACUCCCAAUGUUGUGGCAGCUUUUAUUGUUCCUCUGUUCACCUACCUUAGAAUCAUUAUGAUCCUGAGGAAAAGAAAGCUGAGAAUGAAAGCGUGUGGGCAAGCUAUCGGUACCUACAAAUCAGCUGAAAUCCAGGUUGCCAGAACUAGUAUUUUUAUAUGGCUCCUGGCAUUGGUGUCCUACGCUCCUCUUUUUGCAGGAGUCAUCUUUGAUGCAAUAAACCACCAGUGCCCCCUCGAUCUCUAUCCAAGCGUCUACAUCUUCCGAAACUGCACAGCUAUGCUGAUAACCAUGAACUGUUUGGGAAAUCCCAUCAUAUAUACACUGAAAACCAAAACCCUAGGGGCUAAACUCAAGUCUCUGAAAUGCCUUUCUGGCAAACGUCUCCAAGCCUGCACCAUCGCGAACAUCUAACCGCGGCCGCCCCUGUGCUCCGUGGACUCUGUUCUGCUUCCAGGGCAGCGGGAGCGCCCCGAAGCGAAGGCCGAGCCCUCCGCCGGCUGCGGCGCUUCAGCACCCGCGGCGGGAACAGCUCCGGGCCGGCUGCGGGCGGGGCGCCGCGCGGGGCUCCUCGGCGAGCUGCGCUGCUGUGCGGAUGGGAGACGGGAGCGCGCUGCUUGGGAACGAAUCACACCCCGUCAGCUGUGUUUGCUUGGCGUUUGGAAAUCCGCUUCUGACGUGCUUUCUUUGCUGCUCAGAUUGUGGCUUUUUUUUUUUUUUUUUUUUUUUU